AUGUGGAAACGUUUGCAGGGACACGUGCGGGAGAAAGAGAAGCAAAUAGGCAACCCGGUGCUUCUUGAAACGACUUACGACGAAGACCAACUCAGGCACAUUCCCAAUGUCGCCGACGCCCAAAAUGCCAAUUAUCAGCCUAAUGCUUCCUCAGCCCCGCAAGGCUACGACUCUCUCUCACCGCAAUAUCCACGCGACUAUAGAGUGUCGGAAGUGCCUACGGUAUCGUCUAUGUACUCGCAGCCCUCGCCUGAAUUGAGGUACAACUACAAUCCCACGGCUGCAAGGCGCUCCAACUUCGACGACGUAUCGCCGCCUAGUUCGCCCGAACCCGACCGGCAGCAACAGGAGGACUCAGAUCUACCCAAAAGAUUUCGCUCAAUGCGCGAUGUAUCUCCCGUCGACGAAAACCGGGGUCGAGCCGAUCCCUCGUCUCGGGGCGCGAGCAACAUUCCCGUUCUCCGUAAAGCGCCGCCCGGUCUGACUAACCAACAACCCACUUCGACGCAAAAGUUCUGGGGAGGAAAAGUCGCGCCUAACAGCAAAGUCCGCUGGGAUGAGUACUCUGGUGAACCGACGUCCGGUAACGCGGGGAAGGCGGGUUCUGUCAGUCCAGGGACUUACGCCAAAGUCGCCCUUUCUCCACCAUCGUCCGAGCGGCGCGAGAUGGGCUAUCACGUGUCGGUGACUGGACCGGAUGCCACCCCAAGAAGGCAACAAUCCCUCGCCGAACGAGCGGGCCGUCUCGGUACGAAGCCGCCAGCAGUCGACACAAGACCGCGCGAGCCUUGGAGUCGCGCGAUUGGACGCGCCGAAAUCGUGAGGCCCUUCAAAGACCAGCCCUCGGACAAGCCUCUGAACUUUGUGCGGAAGUCGGAACCUAAAAAAGCGCAGGGGUCCGAACACGAUGCGGCAAGCUCGCCUACGACUACCGUUAAACGCGUUCCCGCUGCAGCUGACACCUCACCCGUCGCAGACUCCCCGGACGAGUUUGACAUGCAUGAGGACCCCAUUAAGCCCAUCGUCCCGCUCAAAGUUGGGAGAAACUCACCGCCACGGAGUCUGGCUUCACCCACCUCUCCGCAUAAUCCGGGUAAUCAAGCGCCUUAUUCGUACCCUAGCCCGAUCACACCAACAAACAAACAUCACCCGCUUUCGCCCGUGUAUGAAAACGGCAGGCCGCAGGGAGAGCCAACGCAAGCGCACGCGACCCCAUCAAACAAGAAAGUAGCGAGGAAGUCGAUCGAGGGUACCCCAGGGUCGACCGGUAGCCGGGACAACGGGCCAUCGAGUCGCUUCUCGUGGACGACGUACAACACAAACACCACAUACCAGCAAUCCCCGCCACCAUCACCGCCGCCUCCGUUACCGACGUCCAGAGUCCCAACCGAGCCCAUCUCUGCCGCUUCUUCGAUCCUCAACCGCAAGCGCCCCGUUGCUGUCGCCGAUCGAAUUCCCUCCCGCAAACCCGUUGCCGCAACCUCCGCCGCAACCUCCGCGCGCACAACCAUGAUCUCUGACCCGCCCUCCCCACGGCCAGACUCGACCUUCUCCACAAGCACGCAAAAAGCUCUUCCGCGUCCACCGACCGAGCUCGCCGCCGCCGACCACGUCGAGAUCCUAGAAUCACAGAUGGCAGAUCUGCGCAUACGGCGCUCCAACGUCUACCGCCUGCUCAGGGACCUCAACAACAUGGCGCCGCCGAAUCCAAUGGUCACGGACUUCAAGAAGAUGAGGCUAGUAGAGCAGCGGAAGAAGGAUUUCGAAGACGAGCUGGCGGAGAUCAAGCGCGAGGAGCACGACGUGGGGCUCAAAUUGCACCGCGCGUGGAGGAAGAGGGAGAAGGCUGAUCCUGGGAGUGAGAGUGCGAUCUGGAUAAGGCGGGUGACGCGGUGA